AUGGAUCUCACCACGAUACUGUUGGCCACCGUCGUCCUGCUGUUGAUGUACCUGGGCCUGAUGCUGUACAAACGUUACACAUACUGGGAGGCCCAAGGUGUACCCUGCGACCGGCCCAAUUGGUUGCUGGGCAGCCUGGGUGGAGCCAUGACCUCCAAGACUGUUGAACAAAUUUUAAGGGAGUAUUAUCAAAAAUAUCGCAAUUCUGGACCCUUUGUGGGUUUCUAUUGGUUUACCAAGCCGGCUGCCUUUGUCACCGAUCCUCAGUUGCUGAAACAAAUCCUCGUCAAAGACUUUUCGAAAUUUACCGAUCGUGGUUUGUAUUGCAAUGAAGAAGAUGAUCCGCUGUCGGGUAAUCUCUUCAAUUUGGAUGGCAAUAAAUGGCGGCAUAUGCGCACGAAGUUAACACCCACAUUUACAUCGGGCAAAAUGAAGGGUAUGUUCCCAUUCGUGACCAAAUUGGCCCAUGACAUGGUUGAUGUUGUGGGUGAUCGGAUUAUGGUGAAUCCCAUUUUGGAUGUCAAGGAUAUGGCGGCCUGUUUCACCAUCGAUGUCAUUGGUAGCUGUGCCUUUGGUUUGGAAAUGAACUGUUUGAGAGGUAGGAACCCCGAGUUCCGCAACAUGUGUCGCCGGGCAUUUGUGGUCCAACGUUAUGGCGUUUUGGGUUUGGCUCUACGUUUUGGCUUCCCUGAGCUGGCUCAUAAGCUACACAUCACCGAAACAAUGCCCGAUGUUGAGAAAUUCUUUAUGGGCAUCGUCAAGGACACGGUGGAGAUGCGUGAGAAAAAUAAUAUCAAACGUAAUGAUUUUAUGGAUAUGCUGAUCGAUAUGAAGAACAACAAGCUGGUGAAGAGUGAGGAUGGGGAGGAAUUGACAAAUUUGACAUUUGGCCAGAUUGCCGCCCAGGCUUUUGUUUUCAUCUUGGCCGGUUUUGAAACUUCAUCGACCACCAUGAGUUUUGCUCUGUAUGAAUUGGCUCAGAAUCAAGAGGCCCAGCAAAAGGCCCGAGAAGAAAUUGAAGAGGUUUUGGGAAGACAUAAAGAGUUCAGCUAUGAGUGCCUUAAGGAAAUGACAUAUUUGAGUCAAGUUAUGCAAGAAACCCUCCGUCUCUAUACAAUUGUUGUGUUCCUAAAUCGCCAAGCCGUGGAAGACUAUCCCGUUCCUGGCAAUAGUAAGCUCGUGAUCAAAAAAGGUAUGCCUGUGAUAAUUCCUGCCGGUGCCAUACAUCGUGAUGAACGUUAUUUCCCCGAACCGAAUGUAUUCAAUCCCGAUAACUUUGCCCCCGAAAAAGUGGCUGCUCGUGACUCCGUCUUAAAUCUUUCCUUCGGUGAUGGACCCCGUACCUGUAUUGGUAUGCGUUUUGGUAAAAUGCAAACUAUGAUCGGUUUGGCCCUGCUGCUGAAACAUUUCAAAUUUUCCGUCUGUGAAAGGACACAAAUACCAAUGAAAUUGGAUAAGACAAAUAUGUUGGUAUCGGCCGAUGGUGGUGUGUAUUUGAAGGUGGAGAAAAUUUAG